UAGAAUCGCCGCGCUGUGUCCCUAUAUAAGGACGCGCCGGGUGUGGCGCAGUUAGAUCCGCCGAGGACAGGAGUUGACUCUGUUGUUCAGUGUGUGUGUCGCCGUCGCCACCGCUUGACAAUGCAGAUCUUUGUGAAGACCUUGACUGGCAAGACCAUCACCCUUGAAGUGGAGCCCAGUGACACCAUUGAGAAUGUCAAGGCCAAAAUUCAGGACAAGGAAGGCAUUCCCCCAGACCAGCAGAGAUUGAUCUUUGCUGGAAAGCAGCUGGAAGAUGGGCGAACCUUGUCUGACUACAACAUCCAGAAAGAAUCCACCCUGCACUUGGUCCUUCGUCUCAGAGGUGGGAUGCAGAUCUUCGUGAAGACCUUGACUGGCAAGACCAUCACCCUUGAAGUAGAACCCAGUGACACCAUUGAGAAUGUCAAGGCAAAGAUCCAGGAUAAAGAAGGCAUCCCCCCAGAUCAGCAGAGAUUAAUUUUUGCUGGAAAGCAGCUGGAAGAUGGGCGUACCCUGUCUGACUACAACAUCCAGAAGGAAUCCACCCUGCACUUGGUCCUUCGUCUAAGAGGUGGGAUGCAGAUUUUCGUGAAGACCUUGACUGGCAAGACCAUCACCCUUGAAGUAGAACCCAGUGAUACCAUUGAGAAUGUCAAGGCAAAGAUCCAGGAUAAAGAAGGCAUCCCCCCAGAUCAGCAGAGAUUGAUUUUUGCCGGAAAGCAGCUGGAAGAUGGUCGCACCCUGUCUGACUACAACAUCCAGAAAGAAUCAACUCUUCACUUAGUCCUUCGUCUCAGAGGUGGGAUGCAGAUCUUUGUGAAGACCUUGACUGGUAAAACCAUCACCCUUGAAGUGGAGCCCAGUGACACCAUUGAGAAUGUCAAGGCAAAGAUCCAGGAUAAAGAAGGCAUCCCCCCAGAUCAGCAGAGAUUGAUCUUUGCCGGAAAGCAGCUGGAAGAUGGGCGUACCCUGUCUGACUACAACAUCCAGAAAGAAUCCACCCUGCACUUGGUCCUUCGUCUCAGAGGUGGGAUGCAGAUCUUUGUGAAAACCUUGACCGGUAAAACCAUCACCCUUGAAGUGGAGCCCAGUGAUACCAUUGAGAAUGUCAAGGCCAAAAUUCAAGACAAAGAAGGCAUCCCCCCAGACCAGCAGAGACUGAUCUUUGCCGGAAAGCAGCUGGAAGAUGGUCGCACCCUGUCUGACUACAACAUCCAGAAAGAAUCCACCCUGCACUUGGUCCUUCGUCUCAGAGGUGGGAUGCAGAUCUUUGUGAAAACCUUGACCGGUAAAACCAUCACCCUUGAAGUGGAGCCCAGUGAUACCAUUGAGAAUGUCAAGGCCAAAAUUCAAGACAAAGAAGGCAUUCCCCCAGACCAGCAGAGAUUGAUCUUUGCCGGAAAGCAGCUGGAAGAUGGGCGUACCCUGUCUGACUACAACAUCCAGAAAGAAUCCACCCUGCACUUGGUCCUGCGCUUGAGGGGAGGUGUCUAAAUUCCCUCAAGUUUCUUUCAAGCUUUUGAGUAAUUUCACUGCACUUUUCUUUCAAUAAAGUUGUUGCAUUCCCAAAA